UGUGUAGUUUAUAACAUGUGUGUUUUGUUGAGAUUCUUAGAAAAGGUCUUGACAAUAUGUUAAAGAUACCCUUAUUUCAUCUUAGUUACAUUUUAGUUUACAGCAAAGUUCUUUUAUCUCUUUAGCCUGACUUCUGAAAAGCUGUAUGAGAGAAGCCUUGAAGAUCCCUCGUCACGCAAUAGUAAGGGAUGUCAAUCCUUGUUGUGAUGUGUUGUUUGUCUGUUUGUUCUUUAUAUAACAUAUUGUUUUCGUCAGUUCUUUAUUUCCUUAGGGUGCUUACGGAGGUUGAGAUCCGUACACAAGAUAUCUACAAGCCAUUUAUCCCCAGAGAUAUGGAUGUCGUCCAGUACUGUAGGAAGACGGUGCGAGGCCUGUAUCCUGAAGGUGAAGCCAGAGCCGAAGCUCAACAGUUCUGUCGGAUGAAGGUGCGUAGCCAGGAUGCUGAAGCCGAAGCUAUACAGAUGAGGGCUUUGACAUAUGCACUCGGCAUACCUUUGCGUGUCGAAAUUGUGGACACGAAGUCGACGUCGGGUCAAGCUGUGCGAGUAAAGCGCCUUGAUUUCUUCAACCAGUCAGGUCUAGGGAAGAUGCCUUAUCAUAUAGUUCAAAGCUACUAUUCCUCAAGCACAGCUCAUAAGCCACUGGAGCGGGGAAGUGAAGACAACUUGUUAUCAUCGGAUGGCGCACCCUUGCUGACCUUGCUGUGUAGGCGUGGCCACUGUGACAUUCUUUAUCCGUAGUGAACAAACUAUGUGAUGUACGAUCGACAGUAACUUUUUCCUGGAUGAUGUCAUGGACAAAUGUGCAGAUAGUCUCAUGUAGUAUAUAGGUGCUCCAUGUUUUUUUUUGUUGCUACUGAUUCUGUUCAUAGCUCUGUAUGCGGAAGUAAGAUCCAGAAGGCAUGAGCUUUGAGAACAUA